AUGUCUUAAAUAACAAACAAUAUCUUGAUCAUUAGCAUUAUUUUAGUAUAUGCUUAGGCAUAAAUUUCUUUGAAUAUUUCUUCAGAGAAUUCUGUAGAGAAGUAUUUUAUUACAUCAACAGAAAACAUGGUUGUAAUAGGUUUUGAAGGACAAUAAGAAGUGAGAGAUUACAUAUUUUGCAGAAUAAAUGACUGCACAUGUGAGGACAUGGUUUCUAAAGGACCAAGAAGCCACCCUUAGCUUAACUCAAUUUAGUAAACCAUAAAUGUAUAAUGCAUUGAUAAAAACACAAUUACUUUUGAAAGAAAAGAGAACGGUUGCAAACCUUAUGUUUGGAACAAUAAGCCUUAAGAGGAAGAAUAAAAACCAUAUUAACCUCAAAAAAGAAUAACUUAAGCUAAUACUUACACAGAUAGUGAUAUGACAGCUUCAUUAACUGUUGGCUCAACAUUGUCAUUAAAAUGGAAAUUCAACACAGAUGACACAAUAGAAAUAUGUGUUAUCUUAAAUAAGAAAUCUUGGGUGGGAAUAGGAUUUGGCCAAGGAAUGAAUGGAGUAGACAUGUUUGCUAUUAAUAUUAUAGAUGGAGCAGCAGAACUAUUAGACUUAUACGCUACAAGUGAAAGUUAACCCCCAACAGACAGUUCUUAGGACAUUACAUUGAUUUCAUCUAGCGUUUCUGAUUCAGAAGUAAAAGCUAGGAUUAAGAGAAAAUUGAAUACUGGGGAUUCAAAGGAUGCAGUAUUGGCCAAAGGAUCCACUUAUACUUGGAGUUAUGCAACUUCUUCAUCUCUCGUAAUAGAAGAUCAUAAGAGUAAUGUAGGACAAUUUUCAAUAACUCUAAGUGAGUCAGGAUCAUAACAAACUAGUAAUGCAAAUUUAAUAUCGUUAAUUUUUGGGUUGCUGGUUCUAGGCUUAAUUAUUUGAAUUAUAAAAUAUAUUAAUUCACAUUAUUAAGUUAAAUUGCAUUAAGAAUAAAAUCAAACUUA